AUGUCAGCGGAUACAUUUAAAGCCUGGAGAGUGACCGGCACGAAAGGCUGGGACGACCUGGUCCUCACAGAGAGGAAAUCGCCGGUUUUGGGACAGAAAGAUGUUCUUGUCAAGUGGAGAUAUGCGUCGCUCAACUAUCGUGACUUGAUAAUUCCUCUGGGCCAAUACCCUUUCCCAAUCACGCCUGGUGUCGUUGCCGGCUCUGAUGCAGCCGGGGAAGUGAUCUCAUGCGGCGAGCAAGUCACGUUGUUCAAGCCUGGUGAUCGAGUCAUUAGCCUGUCGGCUUUAUCAUAUCAAACUGGUCCUUUUAAGCCGCAUAUGAUACCCACGAUUCUCGGUAGUGCGGUCGAUGGGCCACUGCAGGAGUACAGCACCAUGGAUGAGAACGCGCUCAUCAGGAUGCCGCAGAGUCUCGAUUUCGAGCAAGCUAGCACCCUCACAACUGCGGCGUCCACGGCGUGGAACGCAUUCUUCGCCCUGGGUGGGAGAAAAUUGAAGCCUGGAGACUGGGUGCUAAUCCAGGGAACGGGAGGAGUCAGUCUGUUUGGUUUGCAGUUCGCCAAAGCAGUGGGCGCUCAAGUCAUCGCCACUUCAUCCAGCGAGGCUAAAUGUCAACUCCUCCGCGAGCAGGGCGCAGACCACGUCAUCAACUACAAAGAAUGUUCGACUUGGGGCGAAGAGGCUAAGAAAAUCUCCGGCGAAGGUGUCCAACAUCUCCUAGAGAUUGGCGGUGCAGGUACUCUUGCGCAGGCAUUAGAAGCCAUCGCUCCAGCCGGCGUGAUCAGCCUGAUCGGUUUCGCCAGCGGGUUCGCCAACAGUCCUUCAAUCAUGGAUAUAUUAUUAAGGUCAUGCAUCGUGCGAGGAACCAUGGUUGGAAGCAAAGAGGAGAUCGUCGAGACGAAUGAUUUCAUUGACGCGAAUGGCAUCAAGCCGAAAGUUGAUCCCGCUGAGUUUGAGCUGAGUGAUCUCAAAAAUGCGUAUGAGUAUAUGUGGGCCGGAAAGCAUUUCGGCAAGGUGACGGUGAAGAUCUCGUGA